AUGGUUCAAUCCGCCGUUUUGGGUUUCCCUCGUAUGGGAAAGCUCCGUGACCUCAAGAAGGCCACCGAAGCUUACUGGGGCGGCAAGAUCUCUCGUGAUGAGCUCGUGAGCGAGGGAAAGAGACUCCGUGCUGAGCACUGGAAGAUCCAGAAGGAUGCUGGUGUCGAUAUCAUUCCCAGCAACGACUUUGCUUUCUACGAUCAGGUCCUCGACCACAUCCAGCUCUUCGGCGUUGUCCCUGAGAGAUACAGCAAGUACAACCUUGACCCCCUGGAUGAGUACUUCGCCAUGGGUCGUGGUCUCCAGAAGCCCGCCUCUGAGGGCCAGCCCGCCAUUGACGUUCCUAGCUUGGAAAUGGUCAAGUGGUUCGACUCGAACUACCACUACGUCAAGCCUACCCUUCAGGAGAACCAGGUCUUCAAGCUCGCUGCCAACCCCAAGCCCGUUGCUCAGUUCCUCGAGGCCAAGGAGGCUGGCAUCGUCACUCGUCCCGUCAUCCUGGGUCCCGUCUCCUUCUUGACCCUCGCCAAGGCCGACCGCGGUCAAAAAGUUGACCCUAUUGACAAGAUCAACGACCUGGUUCCCCUCUACGUUGACCUCCUUGCCCAGCUGAAGGCUGCCGGUGUUGAGGACGUUCAGAUUGACGAGCCUGUUCUCGUUUUCGAUCUCCCUGUCAAGUCCAAGGCUGCCUUCAAGCCUGUUUACGAGAAGCUUGGUGCUCUCGGUGACAAGGCUCCCCGCAUUGUCCUUGCCACCUACUUCGGUGACAUUGUCCACAACAUUGAUGUUCUUCCUGCUCUGCACAACCUUUAUGGUAUCCACGUGGACCUUGUCCGCAACCCUGAGCAGCUCGAUGCUAUUAUUUCCGCUCUUGGCCCCAAGCAGGUUCUCUCUGCUGGUGUUGUUGAUGGUCGCAACAUCUGGAAGACCAACUUCAAGGCUGCCAUCGAGAAGGUUGAGCACGCUAUCCAGAAGCUUGGCAAGGACAGAGUCAUUGUCUCCACCUCCAGCUCUCUCCUCCACGUCCCCCACACCCUUGAGAGCGAAAAGAACCUCGAUCCUGAGGUCCAGGAUUGGUUCAGCUUCGCUGUUGAGAAGACCCACGAGGUUGUUGUGAUCGCCAAGGCCGUCACUGAGGGCCCUGCUGCUGUCCGUGACCAGCUCGAGGCCAACGCUAAGUCCAUUCAGGCUCGUGCCUCUUCCGCUCGCACCAACGACCCCAAGGUCAAGGAGCGCCAGGCUGCUGUCACCGAUGAGAUGCACAACCGCAAGUCUCCCUUCCCCAUCCGUCUUGCCGAGCAGAGCAAGUCCAUCAACCUUCCUCUCUUCCCCACCACCACCAUCGGUUCCUUCCCUCAGACCAAGGAGAUCCGUAUCCAGCGUAACAAGUUCACCAAGGGUGAGAUCACCGCUCAGGAGUACGAGAAGUUCAUCGAGCAGGAGAUUGCCGAGGUUGUCAAGAUCCAGGAAGAGCUUGACCUCGACGUUCUCGUCCACGGUGAACCCGAGCGUAACGACAUGGUUCAGUACUUCGGUGAGCGCCUCACUGGUUACGUCUUCACCACCCACGCCUGGGUCCAGAGUUACGGAUCUCGCUGCGUGCGUCCUCCCAUCAUUGUCGGUGACAUCUCGCGUCCCGCUCCCAUGACUGUCAAGGAGUCCAAGUACGCCGUGUCUAUCUCUAAGAAGCCCAUGAAGGGUAUGCUUACUGGCCCCAUCACUUGCCUCCGCUGGUCUUUCCCUCGUGACGACGUCCACCAGUCCGUCCAGGCUCAGCAGCUGGCCCUUGCCCUCCGUGAUGAGGUCAUUGACCUAGAAGCCGCUGGUGUCAAGGUCAUCCAGGUCGACGAGCCUGCUCUUCGUGAGGGUCUCCCUCUUCGCGCCGGCAAGGAGCGUGAGGACUACCUCGCCUGGGCCGUGCGUGCCUUCCGCCUGGCUACCACCGGUGUCUCCGACGGUACUCAGAUUCACUCUCACUUCUGCUACUCUGAGUUCCAGGACUUCUUCCACGCCAUUGCCGCUCUGGAUGCUGAUGUUCUCAGCAUUGAGAACAGCAAGUCUGACGCCAAGCUGCUCAAGGUCUUCGUCGAGGAGGCUUACCCCCGCCACAUCGGACCUGGUGUCUAUGACAUCCACUCUCCCCGUGUUCCCAGCGAGCAGGAGAUCAAGGAUCGCAUCGAGGAGAUGCUUCCUUACCUCCGCCCUGACCAGCUCUGGAUCAACCCUGACUGUGGUCUGAAGACCCGUCAGUGGCCCGAGACCAAGGCUGCUCUGACCAACAUGGUCAAUGCUGCCAAGUUCUACCGCCAGAAGUACACCAAAUAA